UUAUCUUCGCAUUUCAUUCAUAAGAUGGCACCUCAAUACUUGGAAGAUGUGCGUACGGUAUACCAGCCUAAACGUUCCCUAAGAUCAAAAUAUUCAAUUAGACUAAGAUGUUGGAACCACCACAUAUGAGAACAGGCCUUUGUAAUUUGAAUCGUUUAUCGAUAUGCUGUGGACCUUUUCUACAAGCAGAGUCAGAAUCAAUUUUAAUCAUUUUAAUUUAAAUUGAUUAUUGAUGUUUUGAUCAUAUAGUUUUAACACUAUUUGUCAUAUAGCCAUCAAAAUUUACUUUAUUACAAUUAUAACAUGCCAUAUAACUUUAUUGUGUACAACGCUUUAGAGUGAUUGUUCAUAAUCAUAUAAAGUGCAAUAUAGAUAAAUAUUAUUUUCAUUAUUAUCAAAUGUAUAUGUGAAAGUUGCGGAAAAUGUCAAAAAUUUAUACGCACUAGCCUUUGUAUUUAUAAUUUUGUAUAUGGGAUACUUUUAAUAUCAUUCUGCUUAGCUGAUUAUGUAAAUUAUCCAAUAUUGACCCAUAGAAUAGAACCUAGAUGUUUACAUGUAUUUCGUUAUUUAUUCAUUUCAGUUGUAUCAAAAGUUAUUGAUCAUGAAGAGGUUUGUCAUUUCAAUGUGCAGGAAGAUAAGUGUUCUAUUUCAUUUGGACACCUAAAUCCUGAUGCUUUAUCAUUAACUAGCAAUUACCAUCUAAAAACUAAACAGGCAUGUAUUAGAUAUCUUGAACAUUGUAAUUAGCAUAUACAUCAUUGUGAAUUAGGGAAACAUAAAGGUACCAGCAACAUUAGGAAUUUAUGUAUUUCCGUUUCCUUGUGUCGCAAACGUGAAGAGUUAAAUUACAACAUUAACGUUGAUCAUCAGAAACUCAUAACCGAGAAUGGUAAUGAAUUGGAUUGGAGGGAGACUGAUGGUGUCUUUGUUCAUUGUGUUUUCCCUGCAAGUGGUUGGUGGAUAUGGUUUGGCGUGUGGUGGACUUUUCAAAUGUUGCAGUGGUUACAGAUGGGACAGAGUUAUUGAAAAAUGUCUCCCCUGUGAGGUUGGGUAUUAUGGGAUAAAUUGUGCAGAUCCAUGUCCCUUCCCCGCCUUUGGAAAGGAAUGCCAGUUACUAUGCAACUGCUCUCAAGCUCAGUGUAAUCGUGAAACUGGAUGCCCAAAAGAUGGAAAUUUAGAAGGUAUUAUCAUGGAAGUGGUAACAACACCUGCUCCAAAGUCCAGGAUGACCCAUGAUAUCUCCGUAUCACUAAGCCAUGAUGCUGAUGUUAACAGAAGUUUUCCUUCACGAGAUACUUCAUCCGUUCUAACUACCACUCCAGACAUGACUAAAGAAACGUCAAUUCAAAGUGACGCUGCAUCAAUGAGGAAAACGUUGAACGAGAAGAAAGUAGGUAUGGUUAUCAGUAUUACAACACUGGGACUACUGUUUGUUAUCUUAACAGUCAUGUACAUCUGGGUAUCUCAUCGCAUUCGUGUAGAAACAAAUAAUCGUGGGAAACCUUCAGAAGAUUCAGAUGAAAACUCUGCAGUAUGAAAAACGGGUAAUCUGUUAUAAGGUGCACUGUAUCGGGACAGGUUAUGUAAUGCUUGCAUUUGUAUUAAUCUAUGCUUUGUAAUUGAUAGACUUUUCAUAGUUUUAUAUGUAAACACUGACUUGGUGGUUGUUUUUCAAUCUAAAUAAUCAAAUUAUGAAUAUAAAUAGAUAUAUAUAUAGGCCAGGAAAACAUAUGGUAUAUGUUCAAGAUGGUGUUUUUUGUUCAAUAUCCACAACGCCGAUUUUGCAAAUAUGCUAUAUUUUUAUUAUAGCAUUCUGAAGUAGACUUCAUAUUCUUAUAUAUUUGGUCGUGAACAGGUCACAUCGUUCUGCAGAUCAUUUUGUAUUGACUCAAACCAAAUUAUUCAUGAAAUAAAGAUAUAUAUUUUGAAAUUUCUUUUUACCGCUAGUUAUCUAUAAUAAAAGAAGAUAGAGUUCAAUGUCGAUAAAAA